AUGGAGGGGGCUCGACGGCCUUCCCUUCUCUUGCUCCUGCUGGUUUUACAGCCCGGCGGGUCCGGCAGAGCAGAGGCAGGCGCGAUGGAGCUGAGCGGGAUUCUGGGAGGGUCGGUCACUUUCCCUCUGGAGAUCCCAGCAGCAGAGCAAUUCGAGAUCGCUGCCUGGACUGUAAACACAAACAGUCUAGUAACUGUAACACCAGGGAAACCACCCAAUGUCGUUCUGAUAGACAAAAAAAAUUACCACGGACGCCUGAGAAUCCUUGACGAGAGCUACUCCCUACAGAUCACCCACCUGCGGAUGGAGGACACGGGACAAUACAGAGCGGACGUAAACACGGAUAAAGGCUCUGUUACCAAGCGCUUCACGCUGCGCGUGUACAAGCAAGUGCCAGAGCCAGCUGUCGUCUGUGACUCAGUGACCUGUGUGAAUGAAACCUGUAACUACAACCUGAGCUGCACCGUCAGGGAUGGAGGGGACAAUGUGACCUACAGCUGCACUCACACAGCAGGGGGCGCUGUUGUACCCAAUGAGUCCAUUCUGCACAUCUCUGUGAGCCCUGGGACCAUCACCUGCACAGCCCAGAACCCCGCCAGUAACAGCUCCACAACGGCCUCUGCAAAGGACCUUUGUGCAG